AUGGGAUAUAGAUUAUCUAAUCCUAAACGAUUUGGAUUGGCCAGAACAUCAAAAUAAAGAUGGCAUUUAUGGAGAACUCAAAUGACUUAAUUAGUGACUCAUGAACGUAUUCACACUACUUGGGCCAAAGCUAGAGCUCUCCAAUUUGUUGCUCAUAAAACAUUCAAACUAGGAUAAGAUGCUAGCAAAAAUAGAAGUAAUGCUAUCAAUAGAUUAAUGGGUAUAUUUAUUAUUUUAUUCAUAUAAGGUAUUCUAACUACUAAGUUUGCUAUAAAGAAACUUAUUAAUGAAAUAGUACCUAAAUUUAAAGAUCCAAAAGAAUAAGUAUUCAAAGUUGUAGAAACUAAAAGAAGAAAAAGUGAUUUUGCUAGAAUGGGAUAUAUCGAGUUUGCAAAGAAUGAAAUUGCCAAAUAUGAAGAAUCUUAAUACAAGUAAUUAUAGGAGACAGGUAAGAUUGUGGAUAUAAGUAAAUACAAUAAAACUUGGUUGAUAGAAGAAAGAGACUUCAUAAAAGAAAAAUUAGACUAAGCCCAAUCUAGAUUUGAUGCUCUAUAAGCUGAUCCUAACACUCCCAGUGUUGAAAUAAAAAGAGCAAAUUAGGAUGUUAAUUUUUUCAAACGUAAACUAGAAACUGUUGAAAAGGAUCUUUGGAUUGAAAAUAAGAAUCCAUUAGAUAUGAGAAGAUAUUUCAGAAUUUAUUGAUAUAUCGAGAUGCAUUAUUCCUAUCAACCAAUCUAGCAAAAUUCCC